CAACCAUCAUCUUCCGCCUCCGCCGCUUGCUUUGGCCACCCACCUCCUCCUCCGUUCUCUCCCCCCCUCCCCUCGCCAUGGAAGCCUUCGACCUCCCCAUGUCCUUCGGGAAGAAAGGCAAGCACCCCCAACCCCAACCCUCCCGCGGACAACCCAGCACCCGAGGCCCCCGCGGCACUGUUGGCGCCCGCCGCCGUGCCCGCCCCACCUCCCCCGAGGCCAGUGCGCCCGUCUCGGGCGUCAAAGUGAGUGAUACAGCGCUCGGGCCCCGACCAAGCCAGGCAAAGCCAGCCCAGUCAGGGCCUGCGCCGCGGCGAAUCACAGCCGCCGCACAUUACCGGAUACCGGGCCUUCUGGUAUUUGGUUUGGCUGUGUGGUUUGGUUUGGUUUCGUGUUCCAGACGUGGCUGACAUUCAGAGGCCGUGUCCGACUUGGCCCGCGAGCGAUCCCCGCGGCGGAGGGGGCGGGGGUGCGGGUGUGGGCGACGGUGUGGGCGAGGGCGUGGGCGCGGGGCCUAGUGGAGGCGAUGGACGGGAUUGGGGGCGUGGGCGUGGGCGCGGGAG